AUGGCGACGGAACAACAGGCAGAUCCAAAAUCGCCAGAAGUGAUGUCCGCCUUUUACAGUCGACUAUACCCAUUCAAAUCCCUCUAUACAUGGCUUUCACAUACACCAGUUCCCAUCUCCACAAAGGACGCCGGCGUUCCAAAGAGCAGCACCAAUUGGACCCAUCGCGAGUUUGCAUUCACCCUCCAAAACGACGCGUACCUUCGCUACAAUAGUUUCCAGGAGGUGGACGAUCUCAAGAAGCAAAUCAUGAGGCUCAUCCCCAGUCGAUUCGAAAUUGGUGCAGUCUACAACGCCAGGCCCAAAGAUAAGAAGACGCUCCCUGCUUCAGCACUUCAACCUUUGCGCAGAGAAUUGGUCUUCGAUAUUGAUAUGACCGACUACGACGCAAUCCGUACUUGCUGUACUGGAGGAGCCAUCUGUCGCCGCUGUUGGGCCUUCAUAUCUGCUGCGGUGAGCGUGCUAGACACGACAUUGCGUCGGGAUUUUGGUUAUCAACUCCUCCUAUGGGUCUAUUCAGGUCGACGUGGUAUUCACUGCUGGGUAUCGGAUGAAUCUGCCAUGGUCCUGACGGACGACCAACGCCGAGCGAUCAUGGGCUGGCUGGAAGUCGUCAAAGGAGGCAAAGACAUGGUCAAAAAGGUCAACGUUCGCGUAGCUGGCGGGCUUCCACCAUCGUUGCAAUCCUCUCUGGAUAUCCUGAACGAGAAUCACUUUAUGCCCAUCGUCUUAGAAGACCAAGAUUGCUUCGGAUCUCGUCAAGGAUGGGAAACCCUUCUCGAGCUGUUGCCCGACCGUGAAGUUGUAAGCAACCUUCGGAAGAAAUGGGAAGAUGAGGAUGAGGACGACUACAGUUCGAAAGAACAGAGCAUCAGCGAAAGAAGGUGGAACGACCUCAGACGAGAGGUCAAAGCUGUAGCCAAGGGGUCGACUCGAAGGGCCGCGCUCAUGGCCGCUAUGGAGGAUAUUGUUCUACAAUACACCUAUCCAAGGAUUGAUGCUGAAGUCACCAAGCACCGAAACCAUCUUCUCAAAGCGCCUUUUUGCAUUCAUCCCUCUACAGGACGAGUUUGUGUUCCUGUUGACCCAAAAAUGGUCAAAGACUUUGUCCCCGAGGACGUACCAACCGUGGGUCAGCUCCUGGGAGAACUAGAUGCUCUAGGAACCAAAACCGAAGAUCCGAGCACGCUCAACUGGGAGCACACGUCACUCAAGCCAUACGUCGACAUGAUGGACGAACAUAAUCGUAGAAUACUUCAAGCAGAACGGGAGCGCAAGCAAGCCGAGAAUCGUAAAGACAUGAGCUGGUAA